AUGCUGAUAUAUUAUUUAUUUCACUUACUCCAAAUUUAUUAUAAAUAUUCUAACAUAAAUAGAUUAAACUAAAAUAAUUAGAGAAUAAUAGACUCUUUGCCAGGACAACUUAAAAAAUAUGCUAUUUGCUUUUCAUAACAAAAAUUUAUUGUAAACACUAAUUUAUUUAAAUUGGAUAUUAAUAUUGCCUCAACAUUGUUACCUUUUAUGACUAUAUUCUUCUAUUAGUAGUAUGAAACCAUAUAUUAUCUUGGCUCUAUUAGUCAAGACAUCUAUAUUUUAACAACAGGAGAAGUAUAAUUACAUUCAAAUAUAGUUAGAUGAGAUUAUGUGAUGAAUAAGGUAGAAGCCUCUUAAAUAUCAUUGAUGGUAUCAUUUUUGGUGAGAUUGAAAUACUAGAUUAAGUAAAUAGAAAAAAAAGUGCUAUUGCAUUGAAAAAUUCUUUUGUUAUCAUUUUCCUGUUCAGAUAUUUAUAAAUAUUAUUUAGACAUCUGAAUUAGAAUAAUUAGGAUUGAGGAGAAAAAUUGCAAUCAAAGAAAGCAAUCUCAGAAUAAGAUAUAAUUAAUUUACAUUAUUUCCAGAAAAUCAAAAAGUCAGAAGAGUUUUGCAGAAUCAAAAGAAAAAUAUUUAAUAAUUUAAUUAUGAAAAUUUAAUAUAAAUUUAAUAAGAUGCAUAAUGAUUUCAUAAAAUCUACAUAAAACUAAUAUUUUUUUGCAAGAGCAGUAAGUUGUAUAAAUUAAAAUGAAUAACGUAAACCUACAGAUAUAAGUAAAUAUAUUAUGGAAAAAGAGUUUAAACAGAGAAUUAAAAAAUAAUCAUUUUAAUUUCUGUAAAUAAGGUUGCUAAAGUAAAUAUUUGGCUAUAAUUAAGAAUAAAAAUGGAGAUUAUUUCAAAAGCUUAGAAAUGCUGUUUAGAAAGUGAUGAAAUUUAAUAAAAAAAAAAAGCAAUAAAUAAAAGGAGAAGGGGAAGUUAUUUAGGAUAUUAGAGGAUUAAUAAUUUCAAAGGGACAACUGAAAAUGAGAAAAGAUUGAAAAAUAAAUAUUUAAAUUGCAUAAGUAAAAUAAAAAGGACAAUUUAUUAAAACAGUAAAGUAAAUAAUUAAUCGUGUAAAAUCAGGAUUAUAAGUGCCAAUGCUUAUUACUCCUUCACCUUAUUCUUAUCUUAUAUUAAAAGAGUAAAAAUAAUAAUUUUAGAAAAAAAAGAAAAGAGACUUAAUUAAAGCUCCGAAAACAAUAAAAGAAAAGUGAAAUCAAUUCAUUUUACUAAAUAAGGUAAUUUAAUGAUUUAUGGAGUAAACUUUAAGAUGAAUUAGUUUCAUAGAAGAAUGCAAGAACAGAUGGAGUUUAUUUUGAAAUCUAAGGUUUGA